GGCGCACUUCCGCCUCCCAGCGCCCGCCGCCGCCGCCAUGGCCGCGCCCGCCCCGGGCCUCAUCUCCGUCUUCUCCAGCCCGCAGGAGCUGAGCGCGUCGCUGGCGCAGCUGGUGGCACAGCGGGCCGAGAGCUGCCUGGACGGGGCCCGCGCCCGCUUCGCGCUCGGCCUGUCGGGCGGCAGCCUGGUCUCCAUGCUGGCCCGCGACCUGCCCGCCGCCGCCGCCGCCGCCGGGCCCGCCCGCCUCGCGCGCUGGACGCUGGGCUUCUGCGACGAGCGCCUGGUGCCCUUCGAGCACCCCGAGAGCACGUUCGGGCUGUACCGGACGCACCUGCUCUCCAGACUGCCCGUCCCCGCCAGCCAGGUGCUCAGCAUCGACCCCGCGCUGCCGCUGGAGGCGGCGGCCGAGGACUACGCGACCAAGCUCAGACAGGCCCUCGGAGAGGAUGCCAUUCCAGUGUUUGACCUGCUGAUCCUGGGCGUGGGCCCCGAUGGCCACACCUGCUCCCUCUUCCCCGGACAUCCCCUCCUGCAAGAGCGAGACAGGAUUGUGGCCCCCAUCGGCGACUCCCCGAAGCCGCCGCCCCAGCGCGUGACCCUCACGCUGCCUGUGCUCAAUGCUGCACAGACCGUCGUCUUUGUGGCCACUGGGGAAGGCAAGGCUGCCGUCCUGAAGCGCAUCCUGGAGGAGACGGAGGAAAGCCCGCUCCCGGCCGCGCUGGUGCGGCCACACACGGGGCAGCUCCACUGGUUCCUGGACGAGUCGGCCGCACACCUGCUGACGGUGCCCUUCGAGAAGCAUUCGGCUUUGUAGCGGCCGGACCCCAGGCCGGGCCCCUGCUUGGCGCACGGACCAUGGUGUGCGGGCCACCGGCAUUAAACAGAGCUCUGCCAAA